UCGGAGACUGCGGCUGCGCCUCUCUCGAAAGGGCAGGCGUCGCGGGUCCGGGCACUUCCGCACUUCCGCUUUCCGGCCCAGACAGCGCCCGCGAUGACUGCCACUCUCCGCCCCUACCUUAGUGCCGUGCGGGCCACGCUGCAGGCUGCUCUCUGCCUGGAGAACUUCUCCUCCCAGGUCGUGGAACGACACAACAAGCCAGAGGUCGAAGUCAGGAGUAGCAAAGAACUGCUAUUACAGCCUGUCACCAUCAGCAGGAAUGAGAAGGAAAAGGUUCUUAUUGAAGGCUCCAUCAACUCUGUCCGGGUCAGCAUUGCUGUGAAGCAGGCCGAUGAAAUUGAGAAGAUUUUAUGCCAUAAAUUCAUGCGCUUCAUGAUGAUGCGAGCAGAGAACUUCUUUAUCCUUCGAAGGAAACCUGUGGAGGGAUAUGACAUCAGCUUUCUCAUCACCAACUUCCACACGGAGCAGAUGUACAAACACAAGCUGGUGGACUUUGUAAUCCACUUCAUGGAGGAGAUCGACAAGGAGAUCAGUGAGAUGAAGCUGUCGGUCAAUGCCCGGGCUCGUAUCGUAGCUGAGGAGUUCCUCAAGAAUUUUUAAAACAUCUAGCUGGAUCUCGCAGCCUUCCCCUCGGCCUCCCUGUGUCUCUGCGUCUGCAAAGGUGUCCUGGAGUCACUCCCCGGAGCAGCGGUGCAGCAGCAGCAGCCGGAAGCUGGGUUGGGUGGGCAUUGGAUGUGGGAGGUGGGUGUGGUGUGCUUGCUAGCUGUGCAGAAAGGCAGCAGUGGGCCUGCCCCAUAGCCACAUGUGUCUGCUCUGGCUAGUUUCUGAUGCUCAGUCCCCUGGACCGGGACAGACUUUUUUUUUAAACGUCUUGAAACCUAAACUCUGUGCUUGUAGAAGACUGUAACCUUUUUGUCUUUUUUUUUUUUUUUUUAAACAAACAAAAAAACCAACCUCCAGCUCCAGUGGCUGUGACUGGCCCCAGUGAUUGUACCUUAUUGGUCGCUGUGGUCUGGGCGGGCCUGGAGCCAGAAGGCGACUAUUUUUCCCGAGCCACCCCCGGUGGGGAAAGAGGGAAAUUUCAGACUACAGUUUUUUUCCCUUGCUGUCUUACAAGCCUCCUUAGGCCUAGUAGAGAGGCGGUAUGGACCCUCUACUAGCCUCCUGAGUCCUGCCUGAAGAUGCCCACUGCACUGGUUGGGAACAAGGGCUGAAUCUAUGAUUGCCGGGCAGGCCUAGGAGCGGGGGCCCAGAAGCCAGGCAAACUUCUGGCCGUAGGGGCCACCCGGUGUCCAUCCGACCCCUUCCAGCUGAGAGGCCCAAGGUUUGCCCGUCUGGGUGCAGGGCCUGUGCUGCAGGUCCAGAGGUGAGUCCUGCCUGCUCGGGCUCCUCUGCUCCCAUGCUCGCUGUCUCGGAUUCUGAUGAACUCCCCUCCCCCCUAAUUAAAGUCUCUUCCUGCCCCUUCGGGGCUGCAUGAGGUCUGUGCUCUGUGUGGGUGUGUGAAAGGAUGCGUGUUUUGAUGCCUUGGAGCCUUGUGGCUGGCAUUUGGGUCUGGAGCAGCCCACCAGACAAUUUUGUCAUCGAUCCCGGCCAAGGGCCCCAACUCGGAGCACUUCACUACAGCCAAGCACCGUCAUUCUGAAGGCGGUUUCUGCCCAGACAGAGAUGCGGUGCUUCCACAGCCUGCUUCCAUUCUAGCUUUCGGGGACCCCAGGAACCAUGAUCCUACUUUGUGGAUAAGAAGAGUCAUUUCCCACGCUACCUAACCUUGUUAGUCUGACUGGUGCCUCAGCAGGUGUUGGGGGUAACUCGGUAUUGAACAUGCUGGGAACUUCCGUUGGAUAGUGCUCACUCCUCAAGUAAGCAGUCCUUUCUCUCGCUGUGUCCUGAUACUUGGAGACCUGUGAACUCUAUGCCAUUAUCCCUGUCACACAGGGGCUAGGUGAAGUAGUUGAUCUCUCUACCUUCUGUUUAACUUGUGUAUGCUGGCCAUCUGUACUGACAUCCAGUCCUACUUUGACAAAACUCAGUUCCAGGAAAAAUGAGGUCUGUCUGCAGACAGGCCGAUGAGAGUGGUGUACCUAGUUGGAAGAGGGGGGUAUGGGGCUUACAGGAGAGGUUGUCAGGGAAAGCUUAGAAAAUAUUUGGCCUUGAGCCAGGUAUGGUGGCUCACACUUGUAAUUCUAGCUCUUGGAAAUUGGAGACAGGAGGACUUUUGAGUUCUAGGCCAUACUGGAAGUACACUGUCUCAAAAUAAAGAGUAUAUGUGAG